GGGACGGGGGCCGGCACGGCGGCCGCGGAAGCAUGCGCAGAGCGGCGGCGGGGCGGGACCGUGGCGGCGCCCAGGGGCCGCGGGAGCAGGUGUUCUCCUUCUUGCUUCCUAUGUCCUGUUACCAGGAGGAUUUCUUCAAAGAGUACCUCAAGAUGAUGGCCAAUAUCGUCGUCCUGAACUUGCUCAUUUGUAUUUCUCUAGCCUUCUGGAUCGUGUCCAUAACUGCUAGCACGUACUACGGCACGUUGCAGCCGAUUUCCCCGUGGCGCUGGCUCUUUUCCAUCUUGGUUCCACUAAUAAUUGCCACACAGGGGUUUAAGAAGAAGAGUCUUGAUCACAGUGGAGCACUAGGAGGGUUGGUGGUUGGAUUUAUCCUUACAGUUGCAAAUUACAGUUUCUUCACUUCUCUGCUUGUGUUUUUUGUUACUUCUUCCAAACUUACUAAAUGGAAAAAAGAUAUGAAGAAGAAAAUAGAUUCAGAAUACAAGGAAGGUGGCCAGAGGAAUUGGGUGCAAGUGUUCUGCAACGGCGGCGUUCCCACCGAGCUGGCUCUCUUGUACAUGAUAGAAAAUGGGCCAGGUGAAAUCCCAAUAGACUUCUCAAAGCACUACACAGCAUCCUGGAUGUGCUUGGCCCUUUUGGGAGCUUUGGCCUGCUCUGCUGGCGACACGUGGGCUUCAGAGAUUGGGAGUGUCAUGAGUAAAAGCAAGCCGAGGUUGAUAACCACCUGGGAGAAGGUGCCAGUAGGUACAAAUGGAGCAAUUACUUUGGUGGGCCUGCUCUCCAGUUUGCUUGGGGGCUUGGCAGUUGGUGUAACCUACUUCAUAACACAGCACAUCUUUGUGACCGAUCUGGAGAGCUCUGCUCCUCAGUGGCCUAUUGUGGUGUUUGGUGCAGCUGCUGGCUUGCUGGGAUCAAUUGUUGACUCCUGUUUGGGAGCUACAAUGCAAUACAGUGGUUUUGACCAGAACAUUGGCAUGGUUGUCAACCACCAAACAAAAGACUCCAAGCACAUAUCUGGAAAACCUAUACUGGACAACAAUGCAGUAAAUCUUUUUUCUUCUAUAAUCAUUGCUUUGAUGCUUCCCUGCUUGGCAUGGUGUUUCUGGCCUAGGGGUUGACAUGAUGUAAGGUUUUCUGCAUGUAAUUCAUUUAUGUUCAGUCUUACUCAAAGACUCUGAGGAGUUCUCUUUGAACUCUCUUGAAGGGAGGGAUCUGAAACUUGCAGAGAGCCAAAGGACUUUCUGUCUCAACUUAAGGCUGGAAGCUUCAUGUGGCAACUGGCAUCUCUCAGAGCAAGGAAGGGAUUUUGUCACCAUUCUCUUGCUGCUCUUCAGAUGGAUGCAGAUCGUUGCUAAGUGAGGUGAAGCAUUGCCUUUAUCCUUCUGGAGCUGAAAGGUUGGUUGGCAUCUGUGUUCUCUCCAGUCCCCAGCAUCUGGAAAGGCAAAAAUCAGGCAAGCAGCAGCCUGAUCUGCAUCUGUCAGCGCGGUGGAGCAUUGUGGCUCUUCUCCAAGCCAGACACAAAGUGUGCUACAACUUUAUCUUGGCAGUGGGGCCAUGGGUGAAAGGGGUGAAUCCUGGUACUUCCCAUCAUCUAUAGCAUGCAAUGGUUUCUGUCAGUGUUUUCUGGGGGGGUGGGAGGAGGGAAAAGUAAGCCUUGUUGCCUGUUCUGUAUCCUGACACUGUCUCCACUUCCCUGAGAACACAGCUGGGAAAGGUGAUACCAUCACAGAAUGCUGGAAGCAAAAGACUAAACCUGAAAUAAAAACUCAGUUGUGUUUUUUUCCAGCAGGAAUAAUAAUAACACCUUUGUCUGUGCUUUUGGGACAUCUUUAUUUCAAAACAUAGAACCUGCCUUCCUGCCCAGGGUGGAAGGAGCCUUGACUGAUCACCUAGUCCAAGCUUUAGCAGGAAAGGCAGCCUGUCCAACUGCAUCCUGAAAACCUCUGGUUGCAUGGUCUCCACCACCUCCCUAAAUGUCAGUCUUCCUUGAAACACAGUAAGGCAGAUGAGAAGGCAAGCAGAAGACCCCUGCUUAUGUGAGUGCUGAGCAGGAAACCCUCCUCAUGACUGCCUCAUAACACGAAGCAGUAAUGUCACACACAUCAUCCCUUUGAAAAUGUGUUUAGAAGAAAUGUUUUCAUCCUUAGCAGACCUUCUAGCAUGGUGGUUUGCUCUGUGCUUGUCUUUGAGCAGGAACAAGCUCUAGUUCCUAAGCUGGGCAGCUGACUGAACAAGAACAGACUUGGUCUAGCUGACACGUGGCAGAACCAGCCUGACCUGUGCUG